CGGUGUAAGAGAGCACUGCAAUCGAAUCUGUGAGAUCUGGAUGCUGUUCUUAGUCAAGAACUCAUUGUAUGUAGAUAACGCUGUCCCUCACACUCAUUUCUACUUCUGUAAAUCACCAAAAAAAAUCUAAUUUGCAGGGUGCUUUUCAUGAGAAUUAAAGUGUCAUAUUUAUUAAUAGUUUGGGGGUGAUGUUACAAGUAGUUUUUAUUAGCCCAUCUUGAGGUUGUGAGGGGUUUUUUUUAGGGAGUUGGAAUGGCCCAACCAAGCUAACUGUCCUCUUUCAAGCUGUGAUAAAAUUUACUCAGAAGCUAGAGUGAGAUGGAAGCAAAAGGGCCAUUUGGAAACCAAUCCACUGUAGCUUUCCCUAUGCUACUAUAGCAGGAGCAGUGAGGUGCGACUUGGAGGGAGGGGUCUGCUUUGACAGUGCUGAUGCUUCCCUCCAGGUCAAGAGCAGAUAGAAAGUGGAAACUGCUGAGUUUAGCAUGCGGGGGGAUUUGAGGGGCUUUAUCUCAGGAAUAGAUUUGAGCAGCUGCUGAGCAAAGCAAGUCAGAUUAAACUAAGAGGCAGGUCCUGUGGGUGUAUUGCUCCAGGCCCUUAUUCACCUGUUCCCACUUCACAUUGGCCAAUACUGAACAUCUGACCCCCACCGGGUGGCAAAGUCCUCCCACCUGCAAGGCAGAAAGUGGCUGGUGCUGGAAAGGGGUGGGAGCAGCCAUCAAUACUGAAACAUCUCAAGGGUGCAAGACUAGGAAGGUUCUGUGUGGAAUAUUGCUGGGCUGGACAGAAAGGCCAAACCACAGCAGGACGUGCUGGAGGUCCCACGGAGGCUUGUCGGGAUCCUCUCUUGCUGAACGAAAAGGACAAUGGGUGCAGGCGCCAGUGCAGAGGAAAAACACUCCCGUGAGCUGGAGAAGAAACUGAAGGAAGAUGCUGAGAAGGAUGCCAGGACAGUCAAGCUACUGCUUCUUGGUAAGUCCACCCCCACAGGCAGUCACUAAGGCUUUGCCCUUGUUGUGACUUCUCCCCCCUUGCUGACUCCCCUCCCAAUACUCCCAUUUCUUAGCACAUCUUCUUAGCUGGUGCUGCAGAUGUUGGUGGUGAAUGCAUCUGUACCUUUCCAACAGUGGCCAUUUGGACCCUCAAAUUCUGAGGAACCUGCCCAAUGGCAGUGCUACAGAGCCACCAAGGCAUUAUUGCAACCGCUCCACCCCCCUUUUCCAUCUCAGUGUGGGGCUUUGUCCAGUGGUAUAGUGUCUGGUUCUUAUGAGGCAAGGCAAGGCUGAGUCCAAACACAACACAGGGAAGGAGGUAGCAACACACACACACACUCACACUCCUGCCCUUAGCUGUGAUGCCCUCAUCAUUGCGUGUACCUGCACUGCUUGUUUUCUGUGAAGCAUUGCAGCUAAGCUGCCCAUGGCCCAGAUCAUGUUAUCUCUGCCAUAAAGGUGAGCAGUGCUUAAAGCAAUCUUAACCAAAGCCUUUGGGCCCAGGUAAUCCUCCACAGCUCACUUGCUGCAGCACCAGCAUAGAUCCAUGUUUGGAGGGAAGUUCAUUAUAAGGAAAGAAAGAAAAGACAUGCCGUGUGAAUUGGAUCACUCACAGGGCCACCAUGACCUCGCAGCCCAAGUCAGCAAAGCUAUUACGACAGCCCUGCUGUCACCAUACUUGGAAUAGUUAUCCCCCCCCCUCUACCAUACCAUGCUCUUCCCCUCCCUUCCCCAAACUUGGCAUGUACCUGUCAAAGUUUGGAAAAUCUAAAAGAGGUAGAUGGGUAGGCUUGUCAACUGACCCCAAACCCCAGCCAGGACUGCUCUUGGGCAUUUACUGGUAACUGCCCUUCAAUCUGCAGUGAUUGGCAAUUGAAGAUUUUCACAGCAGUGGGGUACCUGCUGUAAGUAUCUGCACAUUGAGAAGCUGUUAAAGGCACAGCUACAAUGGCUGGUUGGAAACUGGCAGCCCUAGAUGAUUCAAGGCCUCUCCCUGCCUCUGGUUGUUUAAUGUUGUAUUCAUCCCCAAAGUGUAUUAAAAGCAAAACCGCUAACAUGCUUCAUGAACCCAUAUCUUGCAGCUGCUAAGGCAAACACAGGAGGUUUGGAUUGUGUAUUCUAAACAUAUCCGGGACAGGCUGUGUGUCAUAUAUAGCUCUGUCCUCCAACAUUGGACAAUGGCCUGGGGGUGGGGAGCAACAACCCGAGGGACUACCCCUGCUGCCCCCAUCCUUCACUCAGCCUCACCCACGUCACCUCACCAUAAACCUCCCAGCAGGUCAUUUCUUGUGGAUUUUGUGUCAUAGAUGGAAUUAAGUUUUUGAGUCAUAUACAGAUUAUAAUCUCUUUUCCUUUCUAUUUUUCCAUCACAGGAGCUGGAGAAUCAGGGAAAAGCACCAUUGUCAAGCAAAUGAAGUAUGUGUGUGCACAGGCAGCUAUUCCUUGCCCACUACAAUAACUCUUAAAGAGUGAUAGUGAAACUGUACUAAUAGGAAUUCCUUAGCAUACCCAAUUGCAUUCUCAUCUGGAAGAGACUGGUAAUGCAGAAGUGCAGACCGCCCCCCCUUCUUACAAGGCCACUUCACAUACUAUGUUUUUAGGUGCACACACGUGGUGUUUUAAGUGAACACCUAAAAGCACAGUGUUUGUACACAACAAACAUGUUUGCACAUACAAGUACAUCCUUCAAGGCGCGGAUUACUGCUCCCUGUAAAGCGUGUACUCGUUGCCAGCAGCUGGAGGGGAAUGCAGUCAAACAUGCUGGGAAAGAACUGCUGGCUGGCUUUCUGCAUUGUUUUUAUCUCCAUGGUAGGUAAUUUCCUCUAAGAGUUGGGAGAGGAAGAAGGGAAAAUUAGCUGGUCACCUUCCUACCCGCAGCUUUCCCUAGACCUAGAGACAUUUCCUCCACACACACUGUUCCAAAAGUUUCUUUCUGGCAAAAUAUUCUGAAGCCAUUUCUAAAAUCUUUGUUCUUCAUGGUGGAUUUGCUUGACUCCCGUCUAACCAGACAGUACUGCUAAACUUUUCAUGGCCCUGGAGAGACCUAAGCUGGUAGAGGCCUGUCUGACACAUGCAGCAGAAUGAAAAAUUAUUAUUGUUGUUGUUAUUAUUAUUAACAACCCACCCUUCACUCUGAAGUCUCAGGGCAGGUUACAGCAUUAAAACACUGCAGUAUAGAGCCAUGUGCUGGAAUGGCUCCAAUGCCAAGCUAAGUGUCUGUCAUCUCUGGCCUCUAACCCCAUUAGCUGGCCUCUCAGCAGUUCCCUCCCUGCCCAACAUCCUUUAACACACUAGUCAAGACCUGCUGGAUUGAUUUUCUGCCCUUACCUUUCACAGAAUUAUCCAUCAGGAUGGUUAUUCAUUAGAGGAAUGCUUGGAGUUCAUCUCCAUUAUUUACAGCAAUACUUUGCAGUCCAUGUUGGCCAUUGUGAGGGCCAUGGGCACACUCAACAUCCAGUAUGGAGACUCAGCCAGGCAGGUGAGUCACUGAGGAGUGGACUUUCUCCCAAUGGGAAUAAAAAAAGGUAAAGGUAAAGGACCCCUGACAGUUAAGUCCGGUCAUGAACUACUCUGGGGUUGCGGCGCUCAUCUGGCUUUACUGGCCGAGGGAGCCAACCUUUGUCCGCAGUUUUUCCGGGUCAUGUGGCCAGCAUGACUAAGCUGCUCCUGGUGAAACCAGAGCAGUGCACGGAAAUGCUGUUUACCUUCCUGCCAGAGUGGUACCUAUUUAUUUACUUGCACUUGGACGUGCUUUCGAACUGCUAGGUUGGCAGGAGCUGGGACUGAGCAACGGGAGCUCACCUCAUCGCGGGGAUUCAAACCGCCGACCUUACGAUCGGCAAGCCCUAGGCUCAGUGGUUUAAACCACAGCGCCCAAUGGGAAUAGUCUUCUAUUAAUUAAUCUAUUUAUUGUUAUCAUAAUCAGAGGCUGAUUUAAAGGGAAGGGCAUUGGGGUGCUUUAUUGCACUUAACUUUGCCUCCUUUCUCAACUGCAGGAUGAUUCCCGGAAGCUGCAGCACUUAGCAGACACCAUUGAAGAAGGCUGCAUGUCAAAGGAGAUGUCUGACAUUAUCUGCCGGCUCUGGGAGGACACCGGCAUCCAAGCCUGCUUUGAGAGGGCCUCAGAGUAUCAGCUGAAUGACUCGGCUGGCUAGUAGGAACCCAUUGCUUACACCCCUUGAGGCAAAGGCCCCUUGAGGCAAAGUUACCACAGGAGUGCAAUUCUAUUUAUUUCAUUUAUGAAUCGCUUCCUAUGAAGCAUCUCAAAAUGAUUUCACAAUGCAAUAAAAACAUCAGUAAAACAACUGCAUGUACAAAAACAGUUAAAACAAUACACACAGAGACAAAAUUUAAAAUCUAAUGCAUAUAAUGACUAAGGCUUUUUUAAAAAAUCCUCUUAGAAGGCUUGUUGAAAGAGUAAAUCAUCUUCAACAGCCACUGAAAAAGCAGCAGAGAUGGCAACGACUGGGUGCACCUGGAGUCACACAUCUCUUCCCACUGAACUAACAUAGUUGCAUGUUUGGGAACUUUCUUAAGACAUUUUUAUUUGUGCAUCUCUGACUGAGAAUAUGCCUGCUCCAUAGGCAAGCCCAGCAAGCAUAGAAAUCUAGGGGAGAGAACGUCCUUAUGCUCAGCCACUCUUGGGCAGCCUUCACCUGCUGCAACUGGCAAGGUGCUUCCCUAAGAAGCAGAAACUUGAAAGGUACCGGUAAUUCAAGAAGGAAGGCUGAGAUCAGGAAACUUCAGCUUUGCUGAAUUUGAGCAGUACAGCAGCCACCUUCCUGCUGCUGAUUCUUUAAGAACAAUGUUAUUUUUUUCUGAUAUAACCUGCUACUCACCUUGUCCAACACACAUGACCACAGGAAACAUAGGAAGCUGCCUUAUACUUAGACCAUGGAUCCAUUUGGCUCAGUAUUGCCUAGACUUAGUGAUGUCUACGCUGACUUGCAGAGACUCUUCAGGGCUUCAGGCAAGAGUCUCUUCCAGCCCUUCUUGGAGAGAUGCCGGAGUUUGAGCCUGCCCCUGAGCCCUGGUCCUUCCCCAUUGUGACUGCCCACUCUGAAGACCAGAGGUCUCUCAGGUCUAGUUCACAUGGUAACCCCGGUACCUUUCUCUGUUCACAGUUACCUGCGUGACCUGCCACGACUAGUAGCCCCUGGAUAUGUCCCCACAGAGCAGGAUGUUCUCCGCUCCAGGGUUAAGACCACGGGCAUCAUUGAAACCCAGUUUUCCUUCAAGGACCUCCACUUCAGGUAUUGUAUGACUGUGGCUGGUGGACAACCAAUUUUGCAAUAAGGAAGAUUGCAAAAGAGGGUGGGUCAUGCAUCUGUGGAAGCAGUUGCCAUGGAGUAACUGGUACAGCAUUGUGAUGAAAGGCAGGAGUUUUGACUCCCCCUCCCAAUCCACCACUGGAACUCCCAAUUCAGCCAUGAACAGGCCAAUUGGUUUUAGGCAAGCCACUCCCUCCUGACCUCCCCACUUCCACCUAUAGUAUAAUAAUAUUGACCUGCUUUAUAGCACUGUGGCAAUGUACGGGAUGGGCUUUGGGCAAUUAGGAAAAGUCAUUCCAUAAGUACCAAGUAUUAUCAUUAUUAGUGCACUGUGGAGGGAUGUAAUUUAGUUAACCUCUUUUCCAUUUUACAUCAUUCUGGGGACACUUUCAAUCUUUCCUUUCUGUACGCCAAAGGUCGAAGGACAAUAAAUCAGUAUAGCAAUGGGGGCUGCCAACUAUUUAAGAGAGCCAGUGAGGUGCAGCGGUUAGGCAGCCAGCUGGGGUGGGGGCGGGGAUGGUCCCAGGUUAAAAUCUCCACUCAGUUAAGAAGAAUCUCACUGGGUGACCUUGGGCAAGUCUGUAUUGUUCAGAUGAAAGUACCCCAGAGGGUAGUUGGAAGGAGAAAAUGCAAGUUGAAAACUCUGUUUCCUUUAAUGGGAAAAGGGAGAGAAAGGUACAUAAUUUAAAUAUCUUGUACCUCUGUUAUUCAUGUAAUGGAUAAUCCAGCACAACCCUACACAAUGGUGUAGUUGGGUGAUUUUAGAUUUUGGGCUCGGUGGCCUUACCAGAGGGAGCGGAAGUUGUGUGUCUCUUUAGAUGGUCCUGUGUAUUACUUCACUCACUUCAAACUCUGGGAAGCCAUCUCUGCUGUGCUUCUCCCCUCCCCAUUCUCACUCAGUCCCAGAGAUAAUAAAUGCUCACCCGUCCAAUUUGACGGUCAGCUCUUCAUUCACCUUGCUGUUAAGGACCACAUUUUGGGGGCCCUAUGGCUCACUGCAGACCUUUCCCCAUCAAUUUGCAGUAACACAUUGGGGGACUGCUGGGGAAGGCUGUUCAGAAGGGGCCUGUCUUAACUUCCUGGCAGGAUGUUUGACGUGGGCGGCCAGCGCUCAGAACGCAAGAAGUGGAUCCACUGCUUUGAAGGAGUCACUUGCAUCAUCUUCAUUGCUGCCCUCAGCGCCUAUGACAUGGUCCUGGUGGAGGACGAUGAUGUGGUAAGACUGUUUAGACUUUGGCUGCCAGGAUUUGUAAACAGGCGUGGUGGAUUAGUGGCAGAGGUAGUGUGCUGGAAUGGUUACAGUGUCAGACUGGGGAGAUCAGCGUUCAAAUCGUCACUAAGCCAUGAAGCUCACUGGGCAAGUCACUCUGCUUAACCUACCUCAAAGGGUUGUUGUGAGAAUAAGAUGUGUGAAGGGGACGGUGCCCUACAGCUGCCACGAGCUCAUAGAAGGAAACAUGGUGUAUAAAUAAGACAUACCACAUUUUCCCAUGUUUAAGACAAUGUUUUUUUAUUAUAAUUAAAUGUUAAGAAUUGGGGGUUGUCUUAUACACAGAUAGUGCAGAGGGGGCAAUUAGGGGCGGCCGUGAACAGGAGAUUGUCAGCGGCGAUAGGUAGGGUGAUUGGUGGCUGUGGUGAGGCCUGUUGGCGAUUGGCUGCUGCCCCAGCAAUUGGGCGGGCGAUUGGCGGCUCCUGGCGGCCAGAUGAUCGGUGGCUUUGGCAAGGCAUGCGAUUGGCAGCAACGGUCCAGUGUGCGAGCGACCCCCCCCUCAAAUAGCUCAACAACUCUAGGCAAUCCCCCCCCCAAAAAAGCUGAACAACUCUUGGCAAUUUCCCUCCACUUGGGGUCCCAAAAAAUAGAAAAAUGUGGUAAGUAGUGCCAAGACUGAACUGGCUGUGACAUAUCAUGGUGAAAUGACCUAAAGGGGAUUAGGACAGUGCUACAGAAUGCACCUUCUGUACAUUUAGGGGACACUUUUUGCCUACUGAAAGGCAGAGGAGCAAAGCUUCUGAUAAAAUCUGGUUUAGGACUAUGGUUGAAACUGAAGGUCUUUCUAAUCCUGCCUUCCCUUCCAGAAUCGCAUGCAUGAGAGCCUGCACCUCUUCAACAGUAUCUGCAACCACCGCUACUUUGCCACCACCUCCAUUGUUCUUUUCCUCAACAAGAAAGACGUUUUCCAGGAAAAGAUCAAGAAGGCACACCUCAGCAUCUGCUUUCCAGAUUACGAUGGUGAGUUCCCAGCGUGCAACAUCCACAUUGGUGUGGCUGCAGCAUCUUCUAGCAGGGGUGGGGCACUGAUAGCCCCCCAGAUUCUGUUGGAUUCCAACUCCCAUCAACCCUAGCUAGCAUGGCCAGUGUUGGAGGGUUAUGGGUGUUGCAGUCUAGCUCUUGGAUAGCUCAGUUGGUUAGAGAGUGGUGCUGAUAACACCAAGGUUGCUGGUUCGAUCCCCAUAUGGGACAGCUGCAUAUUCCUGCAUUGCAGGGGGUUGGACUAGAUGAUCCUCAGGGUCCCUUUCAACUCUACGAUUCUAUGAGCAUCUGGAGGGCCACAGGUGUCCCAUCCCUUGUCUCCUAGUGAGCAGAAAUGCCGGAAUUUGCAUGGUAGAUGCAGGAAGAGAGUUUUCUCUUUUUUAAUUCUGAAAAAGGUUUCAGAAGCUGAACACCAGCAAGGAUGACUAGUUUCAGACUGGUCUGGUAUUUUUAUCAAAUAAGCAAGAAAUGGAAAACUGCAUACAUUUAGAUGAAGUAAGGAGGAAAUAAAUGAGCAAGGGCUGUACCAUCAUCCCACCCGCCUUUCCCAGAAAGAUGGUGGUACUAGAUGAGGACUAUAACAUCACAAUAAAGCAAGUUUUAAUUUCUUUAUCUCCACAAAGGCUCCCUCAUAUCAACCUAUAGGGUCACAUAAUGCAUUUGGUACAACUGGCACCAUACAAAGAUGUCCCAAGGAGCACAUUAUUUUUGCAGCUGGCCUAACCAUGUUAGAAUUCAUGAGUUCAGCCAUGCUGACUUUCUGAAUGACACCCACUUCUAUUAUUUCAUGGAGCUGUUAACAACACUCCUCUAUUUUCUUGGGUGGGUGCUGCAUUAAUCAUGUGACUGGGGAGGGCCUCACGCGGGAAUGGGAAGACUUGGCCCUUUGUGCCCCCGAUGGAGAGCUUGGCGCUGUCGUAAACUUUUAUCACAGGGAGAAAAUAGAUGUGAGUAUUUCAUUUGCUCCCUUGGAGCAAAAGGAACAAGUUACUUUCUGUAAUCUAUGGAUAUUAUCUUGCAGGGAGAGAAGGUGGGUGUUCCUUUUGUGGAAAAACCCAAAAACAAACAUGUUUUGGAAAAGAGGCCACUAGGGGGCCUCGGUGCUCUAUGAAACACGACACUCCUCUGCCACGUAAACCAGAACCGGCAUCUCCAGUGGUCUUCCAAGGGCUGUGUGACAGACAGAACUUUUUUUUUUUAAGUUUUCACACUUCUGUCUUGCCUAUUAUUCCUCAUUUUAGUCUUUAAAAUUGCUUUCCUCCAGCUCCUACCAAAUGCAGGCACUUCAAAUGUGGUGUGCUUGGUGUGGUCAUGGUUAAAAAGCUGAAUGAAUGCAACCCCCCCCCUUUUUUUAAGGAGCCAUUGGAUGGUGCAAAUGGAGAGGGAGGGUGGCUUAACCAAUCCCCCUUUGGCCAUUUUCUUGCUCAAAAUUGUCCCCAACUGCCUUUUCACCCACAGUGGAAAAGUCUAGUGUCGGGACUGAUGCCCAAACUAGGAGCAAUGAGGGUAUCUCUUUACCUUGGGUUCUGGCCCAAAUCCUGUCUCAAGCAGGGGACACUGGCCUAGCCUUUAGGAGGGAAGCAUGGGUCUAGGCUAACCCUGCCCCACUUACCUCCCCGACAGAUGCUUUUCUCCUCAGCUACUGCAGUGAGUAGCAGCAGUGAGUUCAGCUGGAAGAGAAGUACUGGGUGGUUAGAGGGAAGGUUUUGCUCCCCUUAUCUGCACACUACUUCUGCUUUCAAUACUGGCCCCUCAGCUCCCUACUUGGUAUAUGUGAUUGGAACAGACAAAGAGACCUGAUGUCACAUCCAGUUUUACCCUUCGCGUGAAAUUUGUAUUAUUUUAGGCCCAAAUAUGACACAAUAGUCGUUCCAAUAAGAAAAAUAUCUGGAAAACCCUGGGGUUAUCAAAAUAUCAAACUUUUUAAUAAAAAAGCAUGAUUAUUUGAAUCCAAGAAAGUUCUAAUGUACAAUUUGAAAGCCUAGAGAACCCUGGAAAGUAGCACAAACUUAGCAGUCCCCACACCCCUUUCACCAAAUGAGCAAGUUUUUAGGAAGAAGCUCUCUUACAAAUGUCAGAUGAGGUUUAUAUGAACGACGAGGGCCCCUAAUAUAUGCAGAACCAGAAAUUACCCGGGGAAUUACAGAACAUUGAAAGGGGUGUUCUCUGAGCAACAGAAAUGUAAGGUACAGAGCACUUCCCACAGAGGAACUUUUGCUAUAAUUAUUGCUAUCAUGUCUAACAAAGUGAUUAAGCUGCAGCAGCUGCCGUGCUCUGGGGACAAAUUCUUCACAGCCUGAAGUCCAGAAGGUGUCAGGUUUAGCGUCGUGGACAGGGGGCACGUCAUAGUUAUGUCCAAUCUCGACCUGCCCCAGGAGGCAUAUAUCACGAUAAAUAAUUAGAGCCCUGCCUCAUUUGUGGAUGGAGGAUGAUUCCAAGGCAGGAGGUAUCGUGUGGAAAUGUGUAGAGGCAGAUUUUAAAAAACCAAUUCCUAAGUGAAGCUGCUCUCUGAUACCAUCCCAGCAUCCGUGUCUAUACAGGGUCCAAUACCUACGAGGAUGCUGGUGCCUACAUCAAGGUGCAGUUCCUGGAGCUGAACAUAAGGAAGGAUGUGAAGGAAAUCUACUCACACAUGACCUGUGCCACAGACACCCAGAAUGUCAAGUUUGUCUUUGAUGCUGUCACUGACAUAAUCAUCAAAGAAAAUCUGAAGGAUUGUGGCCUUUUCUGAGUGCAGGUGGGUUUUUCUCCCUGGUUGGUCAACUCUAUGCAGUGGGUAAGCCAAGACCCCAACUUUCCUAGUGCAAAUGGUCAGGCGGAUUCUGUUGUAUUAUUUGAUUGUGCAAUCAGAAGUAAAGCAGCCUUCUGCAGCAGAGCAAGGCAGACUCUUGGUGUCACCACUGAACCAUUUGGGGCGGGGGAGGCCUGUAUCUCAAUACUGGAGGAUAAAUACUUUGCACACAGAAGAUCAAAGAUCACAGUUCAGUGUCUGACAUCUCCAGUUUGGUAGUAGGUGAUGUGAAACCAUGCUGGUCUGAGGCCCUGAAGAACUGCUCCCAGGGAGAGCAAAUGAGUUUUAGACAAGCAACUUGGCAUGGUCCCUUAACAACAACAGAGGGCAAGGCCCAAGCUCUGCUUGUGGGCAUCUGUGAGGAGUUGUGUUAGCCAAUAUGCAGAGCAGGAUGUUGGACUAGAUAGCUUUGCUGGCUCAGAGCAAGGAUCUAUUCGGUUGCUAGGAUAGGGUAGGCCAAAGUGGCUUUCAAGGAAAACCAGUUGCUAAGUGGGAUCUUUCUUCCUCACUUUGUACACCUUUUCUCUCUCUAGGUAUUCCUGGCCCUUCUGGUGAAAUGCAGCAUUGCAAAUUCAGCAGUGUGAAAGGGAAGCUUUCCCCUCACCUGAGCUUAUGCACUCAUUCUCAUUCGUUCUUGCAUGCUCGCUGGCUAUAGUGAUCCACAUAUGGGGAAAGGAGUUUCUCCCUCAUCUGAGCUAAGCCAGACAAAAGAUUCUCCAUCCCGUCAUGGGCGUUUAAUUGACCCUCUGGAGUUGGAACUCUGAGAUUACUAGGCAGCUUUCAAAUUACACCCCAGGAGUGUUGACCGCUACCUCCUCCUUGACACCCAGGAAAAGCAGGCAAGAGCUUCAUUCUGGUAACUCACUUUCUACCUAAGCCACCGCUGUGGUGUGGAAGUUGUUAAGCUUGUAUGGAGUUUCCUCCCAUACUGGGCUUGUUUGUGGAGUCCUGACAGUUUAGGAAACCUUUUUCUUUCUGUCCUCUUUGAUUUCUGCUCUUGUAAAUAGUGGGCACUUGCUAGGCUUCUUAUAGGUGUACUAGGGCACGAACACACCUGUGCACACAGGGUGCUGCAGUAGCACGAGUAGAUGGAGAGAAAUUCGAGCCUUUACACAAGGUGCAAAAGCUUGAAAACCAAACUCUUGGCCAAGGCACAAGUCAAAAUCCUAGAGCUAUCCUUAAUACAAGAUUUCAGUUUUAAUUUUUGCUUAAAUGGCAUUUUCUCAGCAUGGUUCUCUAGUGAAGCCUUUUCUUUGUUUCACCGGGGGGGGGGGGGGCUCUGUAAUUAUCUGUAGCAGCACCAACAGUAUGUGCCCAAACACACUGACCUCACAAUAUCACAAAUAGCUG